AUGGCGUCAAAAGAAAUCCCCCUUGCGAUUCGGAAAAUCCUGGAGCAUUCGAAGGCUGAAUACAAACAGCUGGGCAAAAGCGGACUUCGCGUAUCUGUGCCCAUCUUCGGAUGUAUGGGCAUUGGCUCGUCCAAGUGGCUACCAUGGGUACUUGACGAAGACCAGGUACUUCCACUUCUGAGAGCGGCGUUCGACCGUGGUAUCAAUACUUGGGAUACCGCCAACGUCUAUUCAAAUGGAAUGUCUGAAGAGGUGGUCGGGAAAGCCAUCCAGAAAUACAAGAUUCCUCGGGAUAAAUUGGUCCUCAUGACCAAAUGCCAUGGAAUGGUGGACGAUGAGCCGGAGACCCAGCCAACGCAGUAUCAUCACCAACUCGCACAGAGUAAGGAUUUCGUCAAUCAUUUUGGCUUGUCUCGGUCAGCAAUAUUCAACGCAGUACAGGCAUCUCUGGAUCGACUGAAGACCAACUACAUUGAUCUCUUCCAGAUUCACCGAUUUGACGACAAUGUGCCUAUCGAGGAGACAAUGGAAACGUUGCAUGAUCUCGUCAAGGCGGGAAAAGUCCGCUAUAUUGGUGCAAGUUCAAUGUGGGCCUACCAGUUCGCCAUGUUACAAGCCUGUGCCGAGAGAAAUGGUUGGACCAAGUUCAUCUCUAUGCAGAACCAUUAUAGUCUGCUGUAUCGAGAGGAGGAACGAGAGAUGAAUAAAUACUGUAACCUCACGGGUGUUGGGCUGAUUCCGUGGUCACCGCUUUAUCGUGGUCACCUGGCGCGCCCUCCCUCUGCCAUGGGAACAACCACUAGGUCCGCUGGGGAAAAGGAACAUGGCGACUGGUUCUCGGACGGCCUAACACUAGCCGACGAGGCUAUCAUCAAUCGGGUCCAGGAGGUCGCGGAGAAACAUGAGUGGAAAAUGAGCUCUGUGAGCCUCGCCUGGAUCAAGAAGCGAGUGACCAGCCCUAUUAUAGGUUUCAGCUCUGAAGCGCGAAUGGAUGAGGCACUAGAUGCGAAGGGCAAGACGCUCACCGAGGAAGAGGAGAGCUACCUGCAGGAGCCGUACGAAUCAAGACCCAUUCAGGGCCACUGGUAG